CGAGAGGGGCAGGUGGCUCUCCCCACUGCUCCAGAGCUGGCCCCUUGUCAGCGCCAUGCUCUCUGAGCAGUGGGGGACAGGUGACCUUUUCCUAAGUAAUGUGGGUAUGAAAUAGCUUAGUUCGUGGGAAACAAAAUACAGCAGUGGGAGAAAUAAAUUAUGUCAUCUGGCCAUGAGAGUGGCAUUGAAGAGUCCCAGGUCUUAGGACCAUCUAAAAGUCUAGAAUUCCAUCAUAACAUCAUUUAUCCUCUCAGCCUCUCCUUGUGGUGCACAUGCUGGGCACUGGUUUUUUUCCACCCCUGAUUCUAACAACUAACCCCCUUCCUCACCCAGCGCUUGCUGCCUGCUGCAGUCACUGGACCAGCAGGGCCUGACCUUCCUCUGCAGCCCCUCAGAGCUCCGGCGGCCUGAGCACUAACAGCCCAGUCGCACCGCUUGCUCGGGCCAGGCUGGGCUCCAGGGCAGGGUGAGAGUUGUCCCAGCUCUCCUGAGAUGGUGGCCUGCUUUCCUGCGUUCCUCGGGCACCAAAGAGUUCCUCUGCCCGCACCGGCAGCUCCCCUAGGCGGGCUUUGUCUUCUUCGGCCGGGAGGAAAGAGGGUUUGCGGGCAGCUUAAAACUCUGGGCCCUGGGGUAGGGGCUGGGGGUUCUGUCCGUAGUCUUUGGCUCAUUGACAGAACUGGUGGGUGUCCCACCCUUGACACCCACCACAUUUGGGGUUUGCUUCCUCACCUGUUGGGGAUCCUCCCAUGAACAAUUGCGCAUCUCCAAGGCCUGGAGCAAGAAUUCACAGGCUUUGCAGGCACCUUCCAUGAGACUGAUAGGCAAGGAUUUCUGCAUCUGAGAACUCUAAGGCUCUGGGGACCCAGCACAUCUGAAGAAAGCCUCACAUGCUGCUAGUGUUUCUCUGGCACAGAUGGCAAUUAAUUGCUUUCAUCUCCCACCUUUGUCCUCAUAUUAUAAGACUGCACUUUCUUAAAAAAAUGGGUGUUGUGCUGCAUCAGCAGUUGUUCCCAAAUGUUAUAGAAAGGUGACACCAGGUUGGGACCUUCCAAGUGAGGCUGAGGAUGGGAAGCACGUUUGCCACAUCUCCUCUAGGUAGAUAAUAGUCAGCAAGACGUGUGUAAGCUGGCGAAUGAGGCAUGAACACCCUGCGUCCCUUGCCAUUAACCCUCACCCAGGCUCUCCCACCAGCCGGGCCCCAGCGCCCUGCUUGGCGGCUCCGCCUGCCUGGACAAAUGCCCAGUGUGCUCUACACGGGGGUGCUCCCUCCUCUCCAUGCCCUGUUCCAGUGACCUGGAUGGGUGGUGGGAGGUGCCAGGGGAGCAGUUAAACCAGCUCCUCUCCGGAGAGGCAGUGUCACCCCCACCCCACAUCUCUCCAGAGUGGAGCCGAGGUGAGUGAGUGAUCCGGGGGGGACCAUGGGCAAGCUGAGGUUUGAAUGAAAUUGAGUUCCCAGCACCCAGCUUGGAGGGGCGCCUGGCCUGCCCCCAGGGAGCAUGUUGGUAGGGUGGCUGGGAGAGAAGCAGCCCCCGGAGGGCCCACGAGGCAUCUGUGGGGGCAUCUGCUCACCACACCUUUCUGCUCCCCGCACCCACUCCCACUGGCCGUCUCCCCCCCCUCUGCUGUACCUGAGGUCCUUCUUUCUGCCUUCCCCGAGGCUCUGCCCCUUCGGGCCCCCUGUCCUGUCCUCUCAGCCUCUGCUCCACUCUGCACCCCUCUUGUGCCCUGACCCCUGGCCUCUCCCUCUGUUCCUCUCCCUCCGUUUAUCUGCCUCUGUGGGUGACCCUUCAGAGGACUUCUGUAUCUCAGCCCUGUCCGUGGCAUGUGGUGCUGACGGGGCUCCUGUGUACUCUAGCACCCCCUGAAGGAAGGCCUGAGGGGUGUGGCCCCCUCACCCCCUGAGGCAUCAAGGUCCCUGUCCCUGAGGGUGUUCAGCCUGGAGGCUGCUUCACCUUGAGGUUUGUGAACUCAGCCAGACUGCUGUGAGCCCCGAGGGCUCCCCAUGGUGGUAGUGGCGUCCCUCCAAGUGCCCUGUCCUGUUGGCUUAGAGCUUUUGCUCUUGAAACAGGCCACCCUGCUCAGAUUACCCUGUGAGGAAGCUGCCUGCCUCCCUGACGAGAUAAGGCCUGCUCUGGGGGAAAGGGUCCCCGGAUGGUGCCCGACCGGCCGUCUCCCGCUCGCUCUUCUCCCAGAUGGAGACCUCACAGACACCGUCAGCGGCCCUCGCUCCACGGCCUCAGACCCGACCAGCAGCAAGGCCUCCACCAAGAGUCCCUCCCAGCGCCACAACCCCUUCAGUGAGGACCAGGCAGAGGCCGUGUCCUCCCCCGACACCACCCCUGUGCACACCACCUCUCAGGAGAAGGGGGAGUCCCACAUCCACGACCUGCUGGAUCCCUGCACAGAGCUGGAAGUCAUCAGGGUCACCAAGAAGAAGAAGAUGGGCAAGAAGAAGAAGACCAGGUCAGAUGAAGAAGCAAGCCCACCUCACCCAGCCUCUACCCAGCACCGCUGUGCCAAGCACGGGUGUGGAGACAGCCUCGUCAGCAGCCCAGGCCUUGGGCGGGGCUCGCCAGACGCUGCCUUGGCCUCCCCCCAGGAGGAGGGAGAGGGGCCCAGCAGCACAGCGGAGAGCGGCGAGCCCUCAGAGCCCGGCCAGGUGGGCCUGCUUAUCCCCGAGAUGAAGGACACCUCCAUGGAGCGCGUGGGGCAGCCCCUGAGUAAGGUCAUUGACCAGCUCCAUGGGCAGCUGGACCCCAGCACCUGGGGCUCCUGUGUCGAGUCCCCAGACCAGUCCUUUCGGACCGGCUCUUCCGGGGAUGCCCCGGAGAGGCCGCCGUUUUGUGACUUCAGCGAGGGGCUUCCAGCCCCAAUGGACUUCUACCGCUUUACCGUCGAGAGUCCAAGCGCUGGUGCAUCAGGUGGCAGCCACCAUGACCUUGCAGGGCCUGGCCCACCGCUGCAUGUUCCUGGUAGCUCUGAGACUGCUGGCCAAGAAGAGGAGAGAGGAGGGGAGGCUUCGGCGCCUGGGCCCCUAGAGGACACUCCAGGGGAGGCUCUGGAGCCAGAGACCCGGGAGCUGGUGCCCCAGUUGUCCCUGGCUGGUGAGGGGCCUGCACCUGAGCCAGAGCCCAGGACCCAGGAGGCUCUUUGCCGGCUCAAGCAAGACCAGACCAGCCCUUGUCUGAGCAGCGCCGGGGACUCCGGGGUGGAUGAGGGGCAGGGGAGCCCUUCUGAGAUGACCCACUCAGCAGAGUUCAGAGUGGACAACAAUCACUUACUCCUGCUGAUGAUCCACGUGUUCCGAGAGAACGAAGAGCAGCUUUUCAAAAUGAUCCGGAUGAGCACCGGGCACAUGGAGGGUAACCUGCAACUGCUCUACGUGCUGCUCACAGACUGCUAUGUCUACCUGCUCCGGAAAGGAGCUGCAGAGAAGCCAUACCUGGUGGAAGAGGCCGUUUCUUACAAUGAACUUGACUACGUGUCGGUGGGCCUCGACCAGCAGACAGUGAAGCUAGUGUGCGCCAACCGCAGGAAGCAGUUUCUGCUGGACACAGCUGACAUGGCCCUGGCUGAGUUCUUCUUGGUUUCUCUGAAGUCUGCCAUGAUCAAAGGCUGUCGGGAGCCACCCUACCCCAGCGUCCUGACCGACGCCACCAUGGAGAAGCUGGCUCUGGCCAAAUUUGUGGCCCAGGAAUCCAAGUGUGAAGUGACCGCUGUUACUGUGUGCUUCUAUGGGCUUGUGCACUGGGAAGACCCUCUGGAUGAAUCCCUGGGCCCCGUCCCCUGCCACUGCUCACCCCACGAGAAUGCCAUCACCAAAGAAGGCAUGCUGCAGUACAAGGCGGGGACCUCCUACCUGGGCAAGGAGCACUGGAAGGCCUGCUUCGUGGUGCUCAGCAAUGGGAUCCUCUACCAGUAUCCUGACCGCACUGAUGUCACCCCUUUGCUGUCAGUGAACAUGGGGGGGGAGCAGUGCGGUGGCUGUCGGAGAUCCAACGCCACGGAUCGGCCCCACGCCUUCCAGGUCAUCCUUGCCGACCGGCCCUGCCUGGAACUGAGUGCUGAAAGCGAGGCAGACAUGGCCGACUGGAUGCAGCACCUCUGCCAGGCUGUGUCCAAAGGGGUCAUCCCCCAGGGGGUAACUCCCAGCCCCUGCAUCCCCUGCUGCCUAGUGAUCACUGAUGACCACCUCUUCACAUGCCAUGAGGACUGCCAGACCAGCUUCUUCCGCACCCUGGGCACCGCCAAGCUGGCCGACAUCAGCGCCGUCUCCACUGAACCGGGCAAGGAGUACUGUGUCCUGGAGUUCUCCCAGGACAGCCAGCAGCCCCUCCCGCCCUGGGUCAUCUACUUGAGCUGCACAUCUGAACUGGACCGAUUUCUGUCUGCACUGAACUGUGGGUGGAAUACCAUCUACCAGGUGGACCUCCCCAACAAGGCCAUCCAGGAAGCCUCCAACAAGAAGUUCGAGGACGCCCUGACCCUCAUCCACAGCGCCUGGCAGCGGAGUGACAGUCUCUGCCGAGGCAGAGCCUCCCGGGACCCCUGGUGCUGAGGCAGGGCUGGCUGGUGUCCCGCUGGGGCAGGAGAGGGAGGCGCGCCCAGUGUGUUGUCGGCACUGUGUCACUGCUGCUCCGCCAGGCUCCCACCCAACCCCAUUCCACAGGGCGGCAGGACCACCGAGUGGGGCUUAGGACCAGGGUGGCCCCCUCCCAGAGGUCCAAAAUGGGUGCCCCACACUCUCCACCUGGCAGGAGUGGGCUGGAGAGCCCUGGGGGCAGAGGGUCUGAGCCCUGUGGGCUCUGCAAAUGGGGCCCCCACCUCCCCUGAACUGUCUCUUCAGGAUGGGGAGGGGAACAAUACUGACUCUGAGGGGAGCAGAAGGACUAGGAGGGCAGGAGCCCUCCUUCCUCUCCUAGGUCAGGGGAUGGGCAGAGGCUCAGGCUGCCCUGGGGGCCCUGAGCGGCCUGCCGUCCUUGUUCAUGUUGGAACACUUGCCUGGCCGCGCAGGAGGCUGGAACGCCAGAACGCCAAGGUCCCAGUGCAUGUCGCUCCUCACUAGCUCCAUCUGCAGGCGCACUGCUGCCUGCUCUGCCAGGCUGCCCCGCGAGUCUGUGACCCCUGCCUCUGCCUUUCCCUGAGCCAGCAGUGUCCGCAGGACACAGGACACGGGCCGGGAGCCAAGGGGAGGGCGGAGGGGUCGGAGAGGAGCAGGACCCAUCAGCCUCAUGCCCAUGAGGGCGCCUCCUGACUGGCCCUUGCUUGGUGGGAGCCAGGCCCUUCCCAAGAGCUUUGUCAAGGGCCCUCUGGGGGAAGGGGUCUGGUUUUGUUUUUUAAAAUAAAAUAGACGUUAUAUUGCCAA